AUGGCAAAGUUUGAGAUUUUAGUUCUGUACCUGCUGCAGGGUUUGGUUUGUUUCAGCACUGGGCAGGGACAGACGCGACAGCGCAUCGGACCAUGGAAGCACAGGAUUCAAUGGGAAAAUAACGGCCGGGUGUACAGCUUACUGAGCACUGGCUCACAAUAUCACCCGCCAGUACCCGCAAGAAGGACUUCUCAGGUGUACCUGAGCACCGCAACCGAAAACAGCAGCCACCGUGUACCUGGAACACUAGACACUGGCUCCAGAACAAAUGCCACAACCCCAGAGACUAUUUCAGAAUUCUCGGGUAACGGGAUACCGCGAGGUGGAGAGACGGCCACACGAGAUGACAGCAGCGUGCUGGUUCCGAUCAGGAGUCCUCCACGGACUGGUUGGCCCACAGCUGGUGGCAUCCGGCAGCAGAUUCGACCACACAACAGCGCGUCGGUUGCCGGGGGGUCUAGAACGGAAUUCAGUGACAAUUCAGAUGGCAACACACGAGCAAGUGUGCAGCAGUUGAAUCUGCGAGAUACUGACAGAGGCCCCCAACUUGCCACUCCCGUUAGGAUACAAAACAAUGACAAUCCCACAAAUAACGACAAUGGGAAUGAUAUACAGUCAGACCCUGACGUAACAAGAAACCCGGGAAAUACGACUGAGGAAGAUCCACAGAACGCCUCAAACAAUCAGCGGAAUACAGUUUUCUACAACAUCUAUCCGCCUAACGGGAGAACGAGACCGCACCGUCCGCCAAGUUCCGGAUACGGUACCAGAUACUUUCACAACGGACUGCCCGACCUGGUUCCAGACCCUUAUUACAUCCAAGCAUCAACUUACAUCCAGCGCGUGCAGAUGUACGCGCUGCGGUGCGCAGCAGAAGAGAACUGCCUGGCCAGGUCAGCGUACAGGCCCAGCACCAGAGACCUGGACUACAGGGUGCUGCUGCGGUUUCCACAGAGAGUGAAGAAUCAGGGGACUGCAGACUUCCUCCCUGUGAAACCCAGACACCUGUGGGAGUGGCACAGCUGCCAUCAGCACUACCACAGUAUGGACGCCUUCAGUAACUACGACCUGCUGGACUUCUCCACCGGUCAGAAGGUGGCGGAGGGACACAAAGCCAGCUUCUGCCUGGAAGACACAGGCUGCGACCCGGGCGUCCGCCGGCGCUACGCCUGCACGGCUCACACACAGGGAUUGAGUCCUGGUUGCUAUGACACCUACCACGCCAACAUUGACUGUCAGUGGAUUGACAUCACGGAUGUGCCUCCAGGGAAUUACAUACUCAAGGUCACGGUCAACCCCAACUUCCUCGUGCAGGAGACCGAUUUUUCCAACAACGUUGUGAGGUGUGACAUCACUUACACGGGCUCUCACGUGCAAACGCGCAACUGCAGGAUAACGGGGUGA